GUUUAUUUGCGGCAUUUCAUAAUUUUGAUUUGAGUCGAAAAUGUUUUCGUGCAAAUUAGGUUAGGCAGGCAAAUCUUGUGUAACGUGAAAUUUUCCAAUGUUUUUUCCAUACGAUUCCUAAAUCAUUCUUUAUCUGUGGCAUUCGUCGAAGUGUUAAUAAUCGGUAAUCCAGCGCAAUGAUUGUCCUCAUUCGAAAGAGUCACACUGACAAGUUGAAUCUGAUUCGAUUCUUGCACUCUUUUCGGAGCUCGAGUGUGCCGAUUUCAGCAAAGAAGGCUCGACAAAUGUUCUUGGACUUUUACAUCCGGGACAAUCAUUACAGUUUUGUUAAAUCUAGUCCGGUGGUGCCGUUUCACGAUGCCACAGUACCAUUUGUUAAUGCUGGCAUGAAUCAAUUUAAAGGUAUAUUUUUAAACACUCAUAAACCACUCUAUAGUAAAGUGGCAAACUCACAGAAAUGCAUUCGGAUUGGUGGCAAACACAAUGAUUUGGAAGCAGUUGGUCAAGAUGGUUAUCAUCACACAUUCUUUGAAAUGUUAGGUAAUUGGACUUUUAAAGAAUGCUCAAAGGAAGAACAAUGUAGUCUAGCAUGGAAAUUAUUGACUGAUGUAUAUAAAAUCAACAAGCAGCAUUUGUAUGUGACUUAUUUUGGGGGUAAUACUACACAUUCUUUGCCUGCAGACAAUGAAUGUAGGGAAAUAUGGAGAAAAUUAGGAGUUCCAAGUAAUAGAAUUUUGCCAUUUGACAUGCCAGAAAAUUUCUGGGAAAUGGGUGCAACUGGUCCAUGUGGGCCUUGCACAGAAAUUCAUUACGAUCAUUUACGAGGCCCGUAUCGCGCCCAGUUUGUAAAUAAAGGAUUACACGAGUUAGUCGAGCUCUGGAAUAUUGUCUUCAUUGAGUACAAGAGGGAAGCAGAUGGGAAAAUUGUGCCAUUACCUGAUAAACAUGUUGACACUGGGAUGGGUUUUGAGCGAUUGGUUGCAGUACUUCAAAGGAAAAUUAGUAAUUAUGAUACUGAUUUGUUUCAGUAUUUAUUAAAAGCAAUAUUUAAGACGUGUAAAGAUAUUCCACAAUAUAAAAAUGUGUUUGGUGAACAUGACUGGAACAGUUUACACGCCAGUUAUCGAAUAUUAGCGGAUCAUAUCCGAAUGAUAUCGAUUAGUUUAGGAGAUGGCAUGAUACCUGAAGAAAACCAGAAGCUCCGAAAAGUACUUCGUAAAGCAUUCUCGAUUAGCGAAAAUGUAUUCAAGCGGCCAAAUGGUUUAGUCAAGGAAUUAUCCAACUAUGUGAUAGAUAAUUUAGGAGCAGUAUAUUCGGAACUAGAAAGCAAUUCGAAGCAAAUCCACAUGAUCAUUGAUUAUGAAGAGGAUAUUUACCAAGAACUGCGACGUAAUGCAAGCGCCGAAUGGGAACGCAUCAUUCUCAAUGAUACAGCUCUUGCGAACUUGGAUGUGCUGGAAAUGCCAGGUUUAGUUCAAGCAUACAAAGACAUUCGGUCUUCCAAAAUAGACGAUCUUACACCUCAAUACGCGUAUCGACUCUACGAUACUUUUGGUUUAGACGAAUCCGGAAUCACUGCGCUGUGUAAAAGUUUAAACAUUCGUUUUGAUCCGGUUGCAUUUGUUAAAGAACUCGAGGCGGUAAAACAAAGAAGUAAAGCGGGGACUAUUUUAGAUGUACAAAUACCUGAAUUAGCGGAUGGUACACUUAAAACGGAAGAUAAUUUAAAAUAUGACUAUAAAAGAACAGAAACCGGGUAUAAUUUCCAACCGGUGGAGAUUCAAGUUUUAAAAAUCUUGCAGAGUAAUGCACCUGUUGACGAAGUCAAAGGUGGAGCUGAAUGUGCAUUAAUAUUAGAUAAAACAAAUUUGUAUCAUGAAUCAGGCGGACAGAUUAGUGACGGAGGGAAUAUUGACUUUUCCAUUGGAGAAUUUCGCGUGCGCCAGUUAAAAAAGAUCAACGAUUGUAUUCUGCAUGUGGGUAGUUGGUGUUCCGAUAAAGAUUUAAAAGUGCAUGCGAAAGGAAAAUUAACUUUAGAUGAGAGUCGACGCAUGUGUAACAUGCAGAAUCACACUGCCACGCAUCUUUUAAAUGCUGCGUUAAAGGAAGCCAAGGGAGCAACGUGUCAAAAGUCUAGUAAAGUUACCGAUAGAUAUUUAAAUCUAGACGUGGGAGUGUUUUCCGAAAAAUUAUCCACCGACGAGUUGAAAUCCAUCGAGGAUAAAAUAAAUCGAAUUAUUCAAGAUGGCGUCGUUGUUAGUGUUACCGAAACGGAUUCCCAGAGUAUGUUGAAUCAGAAUGUAACUGUGAUACCUGGUGAAGUUUAUCCAGAGAAAAAUAUUCGCCUGAUUGAAAUGAAUUGGAAUAAUUCGCUGGUUUCAAGAGAGCCGUGUUGUGGAACACACGUACAUAACACGAAAGAUAUAAAAUUGUUUUGCUUUGUGGCUGCAAAAUCUUUAGGCAGGAGCACUGUAUCCAUUCAUGCAUUGACCGGCGAUCGCGCUAUUAAAGCAAAAGAAUAUGGCGCGAGCUUGCAUAAUGAGUUGUUGCAACUACACAAGUCAGUCACAGAAAAUUCGCAGGAAAUAAGUGAUGAACACUUGCAAAAACUGCGAAAGAAACUGAGUUCGAAUGUGAACGAUGUCAACGUUGUGCCUUUAUUGGUAAAAGUGGAAUGUUUACGAAUUUUAGACGAAAUCGCCCAGCAAAUUCGUGAAAGAUCAAGAAAUAAACUCAAAGAAUAUAUUGACUUGGAAAUGAAGAGCGCUGUCGAAACGAAGAUUUUAAAAAGCGACGUUGAUAAUAAAUUCAUCGUGCAUUAUCUGCACACAUCUAUCGCAGGUGAAUCAGUCCCACUACAGAAAGCAACGAAGGCUGUUGACGGCAUGCCGGUUAUGGUUAUCACUUGUGCCGAUAGUGUUGUGAAAGCAAGAUGCACAGUACCAGAGAGUUAUAAAAACGAUAAGUUUACCGCCGAGAAAUGGAUGCAGGUCGUUGGUGAUAUCUUCAAGUCCACUGUUGCACCGCCCAAAGGACAAGACAAGGAACUUGUUUGCAAUCUAAAAGGUAAGCGCAUUGAUGAUUCCGAAUGGCAAAGUCUGCUGAGUCAAUCUCUGCAAGCAGCCGAAUUGUACGCAAAGAAACAUUUAUAAAGAAUUAUUAUCGGCGUGUAGAAAAAAAGUCUUUACUUCAACCAAAGAUCUAAUAUUAACUUUUAUUGGCAACCAUAAACGUAACACAUCGAAUUAAUUAACAUCAAAAUAUGAUACACACAGAAUGUCACUACGCGAUAAUAAUGCCAUGCACGAUAAUUAAAAAUUUCAUAAAAAUGUUGUUAUAAAAAGAGAAAACAUGUAUAGAACCUAAAUAGGAAUUAGUUGCAAGUUGCAUGGAAAGUAUUCAAGGGAAUGGAGAGUUUGGAUCACAGCUAAACUGGAAUGUUGAUGAUCCGAUUUGUUUAGAGUUUGUUGUUUUGACUAGGCGCCUCAGCGGAUUUCGUUGUUGUUUUUGGCGCUUGCUGUUGUUGCUUCGAGGCAACUGUUGGUGCGGGUUUAGCUUCAGUCGGUUUUGGUGUGGCCUUAGGGGCUUGGGUUGCCUUUGGAGUUGGUUUCGGCGUUGUGGUGGUCACUUUCGGAGCUUGGGUUGGUUUAGGUGCAUCUUGCUUGGGCACCUCGCGUUUUUGUUCGGGUUUCUUCGUUGUUGUUGGUGGCGGGGUUGUGGUAGUUGUAGGUGGUCUUGUGGUGGUCGUCUUGGGUGCUUGGGUAGUAGUUGGUUUGGGUGCCUGUGUUGGUUGUACUUUUGGUGCUACUGGAAGCGGCUUCAGACCUAAUUUGCUCAACGGAAUGCGACCAAUGUAUUCAUUGAACGGCGAUCCGAGCAAAAGUUCAUCUUUGUGAAUGAAAGCCUCGCUGAUGGCAAAGACUUGACCAUUGGUAGUGUGGAAGCUACCAAGGAGUUCGCCCGUUUCAGACACGUGGACGAUGGUUGUGCGUGAUGAAAGACGAAGUAAUUGCGUUGGUAGACUGAAGUGACCCACCAAAUGCAUGCCGAUUUUGGCUAAGUCAUUGGGAUAGACUGUAUCAACCAUUCGGAAGCCGAAUUCUAGCAGUCCUAAUCCACGCCCGAUAAGUUUACGCAUCCAUGGGAAUGGUCCAAAGAUCUGAAUGGGGUUAGGGAAGCUAGAAUCAUGGCUCGUCACCAGCGGAACAAGAAUACCGCCAUGACCAUCGGAGUUGAUAUUGUCGGGCAUGCCUGGCAGUCCAUCGAUGAGAACCUCCUGUUGGCCUGCUUUUGUGCCCUUGAGGUGGUAUUUAAGCAGCGCAUUUCUGUUUGUCACUGAUACAAUGAGAUAAUCUUCUGCUUUUGACAGUAGCAGACCAUUGGGGAAGUGCAAUUGAUCAAUUAACACGGUAUUGCGUUUCGUUUUAGGAUCGUAUUUUAUGACGCUGAAACAAUUGUUAUUUGUUAAUUGAUAACGAAACGCUGCCUACGCAUAUGGGGAAUAAUAUUAUAAUUAAUAAGUUAAUUAAUAUUUGCUCACCGUCCAGACCCGUCGGCCAACAAGUCGAACACGCCAUCCUUCAAUGCAAAUUCGGUGCUGGAAUCGGUCCAGUAGAUCUCGCCGGUCGAUGCGACGGCGAUUGAGUUGAACAAUUUGGGUUUCUUGCCGUUGAUUUCAACCUCAGGCGAUACUAAUUGCACUUUUGUCCCUAAAUGAACAAAACAAUCAUAUAAUUUUUGAGAUUAAUGAAAGGAUUAUUAUUUUACAAACCUGUUUUCACAUCAACUUUGUAAAUGCCAUAAUAUGCAUCGGCUGCGAACAAGGCGCCACUCUUAUCAAAUUCCAUGCCAAGUGGUCUGCCACAAACUUCCUCCUCGAAAUACUUGCAGGCCUUGCCGAAUUUAACGAUUGGAGACAUGUGCUGCUCACCAGUGAGCUUCACAAUUUCUCCAGACUGCAAAGAAGUGUAGAGCUCCCCAUUGAAGGAAGCAAAUGUUUCUGGACCAUGGAUAUUAUCUUUGUGCCAAAACUUCACCUCUGAUAAUUUAUCAUUAACUGCUAGUUUACCUUCUAAAGGUAAUGUGCUUGAGACUCUAGAAACCGAAACAGAAAUUAAUAAUCUGCAUAGUCAUGAUUGAUAUACAAGAUACUCACUUGUAUGGUGUUUCAAACUUGCAAAAGGGUGGAAUAUUUGGCAGGAAUAACACGAUUAGCAGCACCACAGUGCCCUCCACUGCCCUCAUGAAGAAGAACCUGAUCAAACCACCCAGGGUGAUAUUACUAAACAGCCCCAUUUUAUUUCUGUUUGUGGUAGAGGUUUGCUUAUUUAUUGAUUCUGAAAAUAUCCAAAUAAUUUAUCACUAACAAUAAAUAAAAAUGGAAUAAACGUGUGUUAAUUAUCUGUAUCUGAUUACAAGGCUUAUUUGUAUAAUAGUGUAAUUACCGUAAAUGCAAGCGAGCAAAUUUUAUUGCCGCUCGCGAUUGUUAAUGAUGACACGUAUCAGAAUGUGGCCGGCCGCUGCCGACGCUCAGCUUACUUAUAAUCUUAGCGCGGUGCCACCGAAUGACCGGUUUCCCUACCACAAUACUCACGAUAAUAAACACGGCAGCAAAGUAACGAAGCGCCGAUACGCGAGAAGUGAGGAAUUGUUCGAUGGGCAAUGUGCAAUGAUGUUUGGACGAUGCCGGUGUACAUACACCCAAUGCUAACUACAUAAGCAUACUAUGUACAUACACAAGAAUUCAUGCAUAGGUAGAUGAAGAAAGUUGUGUUUGUAGCAGUUUAAAAGUGAACGAAGUCCACGAAACGAAAACAGCUUAUUUUUUUUGAUAAGAUAUGUGCUGCUUAUUUGCACUACUCAUAGAAUACAAGGAUCAGCUUCAAUGUUUCAAAAGAUUGAUUUAAGAAUCAAUGGUUGCUUCUAUUGAUUUUAUGUGGACUUUCUCCUGUUAAAAAAGAAACAAAUGUGGGAAUUACAUUAUGUAGUUUAAUUUAUUUUGGUAAUGCAUGGGAUUGUUUAAUAUAUAAAUGAAAAAUGUUUUCGAUUUGGGGAUAUUUGUGAUGUUUUGUUGGUAGUUUUGGAACUAGCAUUUUCAUUACACGUUAUCCGACUUUUCAUUUUGAAUGUCAGUCAGUGUUUGAAAGACUGAGAGAAAGUGGAAAUUUGCACGAGAUUUAUUUCAGGGUGGAGUUAAGUAUGAAUUCUUGACUACAAUAAUUGAAAGAGUUGUGUGUGUGUAUUCUACAUGAAGAAUAGUUUUUAUUUUCUGAAACCUGGAUUAUUUACAGGCCAAAUCUAUCAAAUAUAUUUUUGCUUUUCAUAUAAUAAUAGAAUAAUGUAAUGCAAUAAGUAUAUUUAUAUUAUUUUUUAUCAUUAAUUUUUCAAACAAGUAAUCGCAAUGCGGUGAAAUAUAUUUUCGUUUCUAUUUCAUAAAACCAAAUAAUAUUACAUAUAAUAUUAAGAAACUAAAAACAUUCAGACGAUGCAUGGGGAAAUUGUAGUCUUACAUCUGGUGAAUAAUUGUGGCAUGUACUAGAACGAUUUAUGAAAAAUACCAACUCUUCUUUUUCUUUUCUUUUUGUUACGGUUUUGUACUUAAAUAUACGAACGAGUAAACGGAAACGUUUUGUGUGUGUUGCCUUUGAUGAAGUGAUGAGAAAUUAUGUUGAUAUCAGCUGAAACAAACAAAAAAGCCGCAUUUUAAAAAUUCAUAUGUAUUCAUUCCAAGGCUGCUUGCAGGAAUAUUUUAGUGGUAGAUAAGAGUGAUUUGUGUAAUGACAUAUUACCGAUUUCACUGUGUUUUUGAUGUAAUCCUUCUUGUGGGUGAGAUCGAAGUCGGGAUAGUGCGCGUAGACUUGUUUGCACACAGUCUUCAUUGUGAUUUCUUCUAAAUUUGCACCGUCCAAGAUCUCCUUCACGUACGUCUUAAUUUCAUCAUCCUAUAAGCAGAAUCAGUUUAGAUUUAGCGUGAAUGAUAUUUAAAAAUUAACUCACAGUAGGUGGCGUUGGAUUCUUCGCUGAUUUCUUUGCCAGUGGUUCAUCCUCAGAGGAAGAUGCAUCCUCAUGCGCCUCGCUUUCCUCUUCAUCUUCGGAUGAUUCUUGCUUCUUGCGGCCCCGUCUCGCAGGUGCCUUGCGUUUUGCCGGUGAGGCUGCCGGACGUCCACGACGACCACGCGUCGCGCCUCCUCGUCCCUUUGUUUUAUUAUUAGCUACCUUGCGCUGUUUAGCACGUGGCCCUUCGUCACUAUAGUCGCUAUCGUCGCUGUCGCCUUCGCUUUCUUCCUCCUCUUCACUGUCAUCUUUUUUCCUGCGACCGGUGCGUCCACGCUUUGCGCGCGGCUUCUCUUCCUCCGAUUCAUCGGACGGCUGGAAAUCUUCAUCGCUUUCCUCCGUGGAUGUUUCGUCUUUCAGGUUUGUACGACGACCAGCGUUGCGUUUAGCGCGCGGCGACGAUCGUUCAUCGCUCGAGUACUCUUCGUCAGAAUAUCCGCGGUUGUUUGCUUUCACGGCGGCGGAACGACGCGGCCGGCCGCCAUCUGCUGGUUUACCGGAAUCUUUCGGUUCCAGUAGAAAUUCGAGAAUACGUUCGGACAGUUCAUCGCGACUACCUUUUUUCUCCAGGUCAAGCAUCUCGCAGACCACGCGUAGCUGCUUCAGUUCGAAUGAACUGAUUGAGGUCAACUUCUUUUGAUACUCAUCUGACGACUUCUUGAAACUGAAGCCACUGAAUUUCCUAAUGUUCUUUUUUAACAAAGGAGUCUUUAUUGGUGAUUUGUAGAGCAACUUGUGCAGCAUUUUCAGGUCAUCAUUUUUGAAUCGUGAGAUUGAUGCGUCGAUUCGUGGAAUUUCGCCUAGUUCAAGACCGGUUUCGUCAUCUUCAUCAUCAUUAUCAUUUUUGCUCUGAAAACAUAUCACUUGUGAAUUUUGUUCUAGAAAAUUUGCUUUACUUACAUCUUUAGAAUUUUUCACUGCUCCUUUCUUUUUAGGGCUGUUCUUCUUUCCUUUCUUAACUUCUUCAUCAUCAUCUUGUCCAUCCUCCUGGUCCUCUUCUUCCUCCUCUUCAUCUUCAGCAUUUUCAUCUUUUUCACUAUCCUCUGCAUCAGAUUUAUCUUUAUUUUUAUCUUUCUUAUCAUCUUUCACUUCCUUCUUCUCUUUAUCAUCUUUUCCAUCUUUUUCUGCAGCUAAGUUAUCUUUAUUAUUCUCUUUUUUGUCUUCACUUUUUGAAACUUCCUUGGCAUCAUCAUCCUUCUUAGUGUCUUCAGCCUUUUCAGGCUUUGUCGGCGUGCUCUUCUUGUCGUUAUCGAUGCCAUCGUCUUUUUUCACAUCCUUUUCAUUCUUCUGCAAACCGAUAACACUAUGAUUACAAUUUGGCCUACUAUCGAGUCGGUGACAUUUUUCCCGCUUUUUCAAUAUCAACACACGGCCAUAUUGAAUACAAGUCACUUUGCAAACAUGUUGUUUAUCACGUCGGUGAUUAUUAAACACUGAGGCAGCAGAGUGAUUCCGGUAUUGCGGAUGUAAAAUUUAAGUACGCACGCAUUUAUUUAAUACUAAAAAGUGGUUUACUUACCUCUAAUUGUGCGGUUUUGCCGUUUUCGCUUUCGGCCGACAUCUCGAUGCUGUCCCAGUGCUGUCGUUAUGCUGCGUACCGCAUCGAGAAAUACCCAAUGAGAAAACACACGCAUUGCCUAGUGGUUUAUUUACCUACUGUUAGUUCCUUCGAGCAGCCGUGCGGCGCUUGUCUUCGCACCAAUUGACUGGUUGAUUGGACGCUUUCCAUAGUUGCAUAUUCCACCGGCUACUUUGUUCCUUUUUAUUAAGAGAAAAUAUAAUAUAUUCCGUAGAAGCAAAUUCAAGAAAUACAUGUUUUAACAAAUCAGUAGUUUUUGAUUUACGGUUGAUGAAUAAUAUACGAUCUGGUUCAAAUAAAUGCCAUUGCCGCAUUUAAGUUGGCAACACUGUCCACCAAACAUUUCCAAACGCGCUCAGAGUAUAACCGAACAAAUUUAAAAUUUUUAAUACUCAUAAUGGAUUUAUGAAGAAUUCUAUAUGUGUAUACUUUGAUAAGUAGUUGUUUCUAUUAAUUUAUUAAUUAAUUCUAAAUUAUUGACGGCAUGUAAAAUAUGGAGGGGAGAAAAAUUGUAAAUAGCUUUCCAUAACCUAAUUGUUUUUACAUUAGACAAUCGCGUAUGACUCGUAUAGAACUUUUGUUCUUGAAAACAAUUUUUGGAAGUUUUUCGAUAUGAGUGCGACUAGAGAAGAUGAAAAAUUAGAGUGUGUUUCCGAUCAAGAGCGAGAUUUAGCCCAACAGGCUCUCAACGAGUUUCAAGGG